CAAAGUUAGCAAGUUUAUCAGCAGGCUGAUGGUACAUCAAGACAGACUUGCAAAGCCUGCAGCGAGAGUGAGAAAACCGAGCGAACAAGUUUCGCUGUUUGGAGAAAAUCUGGUGGUGAUGAGAGCUAAAAAUUGGGAGACGGAAAGUUUGAAGUGUGGUUCAAGAACGACGAAGACCGCAAACGGAGUGUGCGUUUUUACCUCGGAAGUUAAAGAAGGCUGAUCAAGCCGGGACAAGAGCGAGGAGUAAUACGCACAUGUGCCUUGUCCGCUUCAGUCUUAAUAUAGCCCGUAUGAAUUAUAUAGAGAGAAGAGGUCCAGAAAGAAUAAUGGGAAGAUGGGAAGGACUGAAGCGAUCGCAUUUUGGUUUGUCGACAGUACGAUGGAAGGCGGUGCUGGGUCGACGGAGCGGUCUACUCUCGGCGUUUCAGAGCGAGACCCAGCUACAAGGAAACGAAAGUCAAUUAUGUAUCGUCUUCUUUAGUAUGUGUAUAUUCGAUGGCCGAUGGAUCUUGUUGGUCUUAAGAUAUACUGGUGCUUCAAAGUUGAGAACAUGAACGACUAAUCGCAGAUGAAUCUCGGGUGUCUGAU